CCUACGAUGAGGCCAAUGGGUCGAUCGAUCCUGCCGCUGUGCCACCUUGGCGCCGACCGGAAAGCAACACAUUCCCGCUGAACCUCAGACUACUGGGUUCCAUCUGUCUUUGACUUCGCAAAGGUUGGCUCAACAUCCUCCUUUUGCCCUUUCACCCAGACCCGGCCAUCUCCUAGGAUACCCACCUGAUAGUGUACACCUUUAGACUCUACGCUUCACCGAUUCUCUCUCCCUCCGGUCAAUGUCAUUCACUUCAGAGCCGAGCUACAGUUGUCCCACAUGUGGCAGACUCUGCUUCACCGUAUCAGUCCGCACGAUGCAUUCUAUGUGGCCCUGCAGGGGAAGGUGAGCGGGGGCGCGGAUAGACAUAGGGAUCCAUGCGUCGGCUGCUCAGGCACCAUCAAUAAGCGAAUGUUGCUCGCAGCUGAGCCUCGCAAUCACACUCUCAUCUCAUCCCAUUCGUGCAUACAUUCCUUCUCUUCCUUCCAUACUCCCGUCCAAUCGUCAGACUUAUGGGGUCAGACCACUGCCCUCAUGUCCCAAUACUCUCCACGCUCGACGUCCUUCACUGCUAAGGCCGAGCCUUCCACCCAGCGGGUUCCCUCGCUCACCGGCCCACGAAGGGGCUCCUUCACACCCGCUCCCUCGACCCCGCCGUUGGAAGACAGACCCGAUCAUACUCAUCGUCCUCGUGAUCAAGAAAUGCCUUCCGCUAAGGUACCAGAGUCGUCCGACUCAACUUUGUCCUACUCGGACGAUCAGCUCACCGAUGCUGACGACGAUCGAGACUCGGAUGCUGGCUCCCAUUCUGACGAUGCAGACUCAGAUGUACCUCUCCAGCAGUCGCGCAAUUCGGGCGGGAUCCAUAGAGACAAGUGCUUUGGUUGCUGGGAAGAGCAAAAAGUCUGCGUAAAAGGGACCGGCAAAGGGUGUGUCAAUUGCAACUCCAACAGUCGAAGGUGUAAUGCCGAUCGACAAGUCCCGGGCUAUCUGGAGCCUUCAGUUGCCAAAGUAUACAAAAGGAUGCAAGCCGAGCUCAUUCGAAAGGCGGGCGGAAAAUGGCAACCUGCACAAACGGAUCCUCGCAGUUGGCUCACUGAAGAGAAGACCACAGCUGCUCUAGAUGAGCUCUUUCGAAAGUAUGGCGUCGCAAAGCCCUCUUACGUGCGGAUCGAAAGGGGACGCUUGCUGAUGUCUCCAAUCGCUGGCGCUCCUCCCGAUCGUGCGAAGAAGAGCCGUCCUCCCAAGAGACAAAGGUGUGCGACGCCUGGCCCACCACCCAGGAGGGCGACCAUAUCGCGAGCGUCGGUGCCACCAGCCCGGGCACGUGCACCUACACCAGAGCCUCCUAUGUCUUUCAAACCUCCAGUAGAGAAGAAGCAGGCACUUAUGCUGUCUCAGGAAGACGUGGAUGCUUUCGUGAACCCAAGUCAAUCUAUCAGUCUAGCUAUCGAAGACAUCGAGCAGGAGGAGAGGCGCAUCGAGCACCUCCAGGAGAUGAUCGUGCCAGCUCUCAAAAAGAAGUACGCCGUAUUGCAAGCUCUCAGGGCUCUCAAGCAAGGCGCCCCUUCCGGGGACCGAUGGCUUCCCCUUCUCAACUACCCAGCCAUCGAUCAAUUCGAGAGAGGAACCUCUGCAGCUUACAGUAGUUCGAGAAACGGGCCAAUGCAGCAUCGGAUGGUCGAUAGGCUCAGCGAACAAGGUAGCGAACGAAAUCGACGAGACUCUGCUGACAGCUCUAGCCUGACGGCUUUCGAGGCUGAGCCACCCUGGCGACGAGUUCGGUCCUGAAAGAACGCCACCCUCUGUCCCUGUACCGUGGAACGAAGCUCUUCGAUGCUUUCUCAUCUGCGUUCGCGCUCCCUAUCAAGCGGUUCAGCAACAAGCUCCCAGACCAGCCUGCCGAGACGUCACUUUGUCCCAGCGAUUCCUUUCUCCUUCUCCCUUCCGAGGUUCUCAUAAGCAGCUGAUGGCAGCCACACUCAGCAUCUGUAUACAUACCUUUUGGUCCAGGUGACAAAUGCAAUUGCCCUUCUGAACUAUGGAUCUGUUACUGCCACGCU